ACCACCAACUCAGUGUCACUACAGUGCUGAGAAUUACCUUCUACCAAAAUAAUACCUGCUCUGUGGUGAUCCUGAGGGGCUCUGACCAUUCAAGAACAUGAACACAAAAGGAUGGAUGAUGGGUGCCGAAACAAAGUCAUAGGGCCCUAUUGUAGCAAUCUAUAGUGCAUAGGUCAAUUAAAGGCGUGUUGGUGUGUCUUUGGUAUCAUGUGGUCACAAAAAAAUGCACCUUGCACGGCUCAAAAUGCGCAAAAGGCAUGAACUAAUGAACAUGGGUGUGUUUUGGGCACAACGUGAAAUAAACCAAUUGGUGUGUCAGUUGUCAUACCCUUUAAGAGCCAGGUGCGCUCUGACUUUGGCGCAUUGAUAUCUUAACACUGAGCACUUUUGGGUGUGCAUGCACGUUCACACUGUGAAGAUACACCAGCAGCUCAUUUAAAGAUACAACAAUGUUAUUUUAUUUUUUGUUCUGUUUAUUGUUGAGUUAAAAUUUGGAUUUGCACUUUUCAGCGUUUCGUUGAGUUUAUGUUUAACAGGAGGGGGUGUAAGCAAUGAGCAUCGUAUGAUAAGGCCCCUUAUUUGUGGUGAUCCUGUGGGGUCCUGAUCAUUCAAGAACAGGGUGUUCCUAUAUGUUGAGUGGAACUGAUGGAUGGAAGGAUGAAUGAUGGGUGUAGAAACAGUCAUAUUGUUAUGUGUGAUCAGUGUAAGUUUCUUGCUGCAGUUUACAAAAGACUACAGAAGACUUUGUAGAUCAAAGCGAAACCCAACAAGACUGAUAAUGGAAUAAUCCUUUCUUUCUUGCCCAAUUCAUGUUCAUUCCAUUGCUUUUUGGGAUUUCCUUAUUGCUCCAACAUGCGUUAAGGGCUUUACUAAAUCCUCAGUGAGUUCGGCUUUUUGCUGCCAGACGUAAGCGAAUGUCACUUCAGUCGGCAAUCCACUAAAACUGUCCAUUCAACUCUUUGAUAAGUUCACUUUAGUUUUGUUUGUCUGUGCACUUUUGCUGGACUGGCCUUGUUUGUCUCGUGGGAAGUGGCGCAGAUGUCACAAAAGCAUCGAUCAAACUGUGCCAUGGCAGCCAAUCACCAGGGCAGGCUUACGCAGUGAUCUGUCUCUAUGGAUUAGAUAUGCUUUCCUCUCACUCAGAGCGUAGGGGCAGAGUGCUGACCUCGCUUAGAUGUAGAUAUUGACACAUUACUGAUUUCCGUUGGACUUAAGAUGAAGGCAUUGAACUUCUGUGUACAAGACGAGAGAAGAUCUGGUUCUGCUGUUAUAUAGGAUGGGUCUGCUUUUUUCAACAACAACAAAAACACACUCACACACACAAAUAUUGAGAUAUGCUGGAACUACUACUUUCUGAUUCUUCUACUACUACUAUCUGAUUCUUAAGGAGCUCUAGAUUCUGUUUAUCUUAUCAACUCAAAAAUAACAAGGUGAAAUGAUUUGAAAACUGCAUCAGAUGCAGGGCAUACGAAGAUUAACACCAGUUGGUCUCUUCUGAGCGCUUCUCCUUUGCAGUCUUUGUGUCAGUGAUUAAAACUAGUCAUCUGGGGGCACACUAAUCUAAUGUUUAUUGUUUAUAGAUCAGCUGCACAGUUUUAUAAGACCUCUGCCCAACAUGAGGACAUGCUGUCUUUAGUUUUGUGAAUAAAAUCUCUCUUUUUUUUUAAACCAAACCAAUCUGUGUAUUAUAUAUAAAUAGCAAGCGACAAGCAAGCAGGAUUAUCCAAAACAUCAAAUAAAACAGACAUAGGAGCAUCCUGAAACACUGCCAUUCAUCUGUUCCACCUUUCAUAAACCUGAGUGAUCAGUUUACCACAAUUUUCUAUGUUUAAAAUAAACCUCUGGAUCUAAAAUCUUAUCUAAAGAGAAACAUAACUUAACCUUAUUAUUGUACUGAACCCACCUCUGAUCCUUAUCCUACCCUUAUCCAUUACUGUUGUGGAUUAGUUGAGCUUCACCAGUUUGCUGACUGUUUCAACAUCUGUAGAAACUCUGCAGGGGGCUAAACAAAGCAAGAGCUUAUUUUCACCUCUCUUAGGUGUGUAAAGGAUGUGAGAGAGAAACAAAGAGACCUACAGCAGUAAUAAAAAGGGGGUUUUAAAAAAUGUAACAAUAGUGUAAGCUGUUAACAGGGUUUUACACUGUAAAGUAAACCAUCUACAAGUUGCUUUACUUGCAAUUAAAUGGUUUGUAGAGUCUUUUUUUUAAAACCUGGUAGAAGCCCCUUUUCAAGUGUGAUAGCACUGCACAAGGGGAAACAGGCUAGAUAAAUUCAUUUAAGCUCCUUUAAGGUUAUUCAGCACUUGGCUGCACAAUUUCUUUAUAGGAUAAGAAGACGUUUGGUGUGUAUUUUUGCUGUGGGCCGAUAAUUGCUUUUUUUUUAGGAACAUCUGGGCUGAUUUCGAUAUGUUAUAUUACACAUGCAUAUAUCUGCUGAUGACAAUGUUGAUGCCAAUUUACACAUUUGCAACUUAUAGAUAGUGGUGCAGGGAGACACAGAGGCGGACGCAAUAGUGAGGUAUAUUUAUUAACAAACAAAGAAACAAAUAAACAGACAAUAAACCAAAACUAAAAUAACAAGGAAACAAGGGGUAAACUUGAAACAAGGAAACAUGCAACCUGUAUGACGUUAAACAAGUACAAGGACCGACAGCUUAACAGACACAAAAGAGUAUAAAUACACAUGGAAGAACACAGGACACAGGAAACACCUGGGAACAGGUAACAAGAGGGCGGAGUUACAGAAAGUCAUAAGGGGAAUACAGGCCUGAAUCGGAGAUGCGGAGCAAAACAGGGCCAUGAGCAGGGGAACACGUAGGGAAAAAACACACAGGCACGGAGGAGAAAAGUAAAUAAACAAACAGGAGGGCAGGAAAAACACAGAGACAGAUUUAAAUCUACUAAUAAAUAACUUAGCUUAAAUAAAUCAGCUUAAAUCAAUGAAUCAAAGUAGCACGGCCAGUUGUAGUAGUGUAGUCAGCGUUGCCUCCAGCAUACAAUAACUACGUCAGCAAAUAUCGGUUUGAAAUAUUGCCGGUAGCGGUGAUAUCAGAAAAAUAUCAGUAUCAGCCGUUAAUUGUUUUUUUUUUCUUUAGAAAUAUUGUCAUUCUCCAAUAUAAUUCCGACAACAAGGUGCCUGUUUUGAGAGCAUGGAAUCGAUCCCUUUCUUUAAUCAAGAUCACAUUCCUGUAAUGUUCACUGUUAUUUCAAAUUGGUCUUUUCUUUUUCCUGAUAUUGGUGUUUUAGGCGGCUCUGGAGGUGCUAGCAGUGUCCCCGCCCCCACAUUAUCCCCCAGCCAAUCGCGUGACUCCAGCGGUGGGGACGGCAGCGCCUUGGAGAAUGGCGGUGGACCUGGCAGACGGCGACGGGGGGCGGGGUUUGAAACCUGGGAGAUGAACUACAGUGACUCAGGGGAACCAUAUUAUACUGAUCAUCAGCCCAAGCCGGCAUCCUGGCACAGCCGCCGCACUUCAAGCAGAGAGACGGUCUGCAUGACUGAAUUGUGGGAGUUCACUGAUCAGCCAGAGGAGUUAAGAGGUUACUCAAUCCACACUCGGCUCUCUAAGGGUUCUCGUGGCUUUGGCUUUAACAUUGUAGGGGGCAGCAGACCCGGUGAAUUCCUACAGGUCUACAGCAUUACACCUGGAGGACCACACACUCUCAACUCGGCUGACAUCCUGGUGUACAUCGGUGACUCUUGUGUGCUGGGCAUUUCUCACAAAGAAGUAGUGGAGCUGCUGAAGUCUGUCCCGGUGGGCCAUAGUGUAGAUGUUGUGGUACAAAGAGGCUACCCAAUGCUGUACAAUCCAGAUGGCUGCCCCAAACAACGCCGCCCUGGGCUACUGAACACCCGGGACACUGCUUUAAAACCUCCAGCUCCACCUCCACCUCCACCCACUACUACCCAGCCACAGCCCCAGGCUCCACUACCAACUCAAGCACUGCUCAACCUAAACGGAAUGACGUCCAGCGCUGAGGAGAGGUAUUCUCGAGCGCUCGGAGGAAGGGCUUCCAGGUUUAGUCUGGACGCCAACGGCAACACGUCCCAUUUUUCUCCACCACCAAGAACCCCUCCUUAUUACGAGUACUCCAACGGGAGUGAGAGCGGAUACUUGAGGCCGCCUCGGUCCACAAGGGGCAUCAGGAGGCUGCUAAGCGCAGACUUGGCCAGCCAGAGCGACAGUGAGGUUGUGUCAGCAAUAGGAUCACACAGGGCCUCUCUAAUCCGAAACCACAACAAUAACUCCCUCUGCCCUCCAUCGCCUUUACGCCUAUACUCCACCAAGUCCUCUGAAAGUGACCUCUCUUCUUUUGCCCCGACCCCGCCCACCUCUCGCUCACCCCUCCGUCACACAGACACCGGCUCUGCACUCAUCUCCUCCUCUCCAGAGGGAGGGCGGCGAUACUCACAGUUCCGGAAGCCCCAGCGCCCCCUGCUCACCCCUCCCCCCAGCUCCCACUCAGACGGCCCGUACUUCACCUUCAACAGCGGUGCCAGUGCCAGCAGUGGCAGCCCUGGCAGCAGCAUCCCGUCGCCAGGGGCAACAACUGGUGGCGGUGGAGGCAGGGGCAGACCUGGGGGUAAAGAGCUGGUGCCGGUCGCCCUGGCCAAGUGUGAGGAGGGCAGAGGGUUGGGAUUUAGCAUUAUGGGGGGCGGGCAUGCAGGGAGGGUAACAAUGGUGAAGAGAGUGUUCGACCGGCAGCAGUGUAACAGCCUUCAACCUGGAGACAUCAUUGUAAAGAUCAAUGGAGCCGAUGUGCAAAGCCUCAGCUUCUCUCAGGUUCAGCGUAUUCUACAGGAACACACCAAAAUGGGAGAGGUCAUUCUGCUGGUUCAGAGAGGAGGCUCCUUACAUUCUCCCAUCAUACCAAAUUCUACACGUCAACAUCAGUCCAACUCCAUGCCACCGCGCCCUGCUUCUGCCACGCAACUUCGUCCUACCGACAGUCCACCUCUGCCACGGAACUCCCUAACCCCGCCUCCUCAAACUCUGGUGCGCUCCUCACUGGUCCAGAGCACCAGCUUCUUAGACUCGAUACCCGUCACUCUGACAUUAGAGCCGCGAGACUGGAUGAGCUCUGAGGAUGGUGGGACUGCACUCAGCCCCAGAGUGAGGACUGAAGAGAAGGUUCGGCCUCCUGCGCCACGUGGGUUUGAGGUGGAGCUGAAGAGGAAGCCAGGAGAAGGGUUCGGAUUUGUUAUUGCAUCGCAGGAUGUGGAAAAUGGGAAAGCGGCAUCUCUGCUGCCCCAUCGCUUUGUGACAGUUCGUCGGGGCAGUCCUGCAGCCCGAAGUGGGCAGAUCCGUCCAGGGGACCGUCUGGAGGCCGUAGAGGGGCGCAGUGUGGUCACCCUGCCCCACAGAGAGCUGGCUCAGAUACUGCGCAGAGCCGGAAACACACUACGCCUUACUAUUGUCCCACGCUCCAGUGCUAACUCCUCCGAUCACUCAGACUACGAUGCCAAUUACAAAAGCCGGAAGUCUCAAAGGCUUAAACAAAAGCAGGACUCUUCACGGUACUACAGUGUGGAUCUGGAGAGGGGACCCACCGGAUUUGGCUUCAGCCUGAGAGGUGGGAUUGAGUAUAACAUGGGCCUGUAUGUUCUUGGCCUGAUGGAGGGAGGACCGGCCUCACGCAGUCGCAAGAUUCAGGUGAGUGACCAGUUAGUGGAGAUCAAUGGCCAAAUCACAACAGGAAUGACUCACAGUCAAGCUGUAGAGCAGAUCAGGACUGCAGGCCAAAGGAUCCAUCUCGUCCUGAAGAAAGGCAACGGAUAUGUUCCUGACUACGGCCGUGAUCACAGAGCAGCCGUCUCCUCCCUGCCCCCGGCCCUGCAGCCGCAUCUGGCUGCAGUGAACCACCGCCGCGUGGAUGACACACCAAGUCCUCCAAGAGCAGCCAGGAGCCGCAGCCAGGGUGGGAGGACAGUGCGGCAGGAACUGGGGUCGGACCAGGGAGGGGAGGAGAGCCCUGACAGCCUAGAGGGCCACGAUAGAAGAUCGAAGGACAGGAGGAGGAGGAGCCGAGGCUCACAGAGCUUAUCCCGAAACAGGCUGAGAGACGUUAGGAGAAAUGAUGAAGAUGAGGAAGAGGAGGAGUAUAGACCAUUGGAGAGAGUAAAGGACAGGAGGAGAGACAGGGUACAGAAGAAGGAGAAGAGGAGUAAAAACAAGGAUAGUGGGCAAAAACUAAACAGACAGAGAGAAAGAAAGGCUGAGAAAGAGGAAGAGCAUCAAGGAGAGACCUAUAAUCUCCCCAUCCCUAAGCAGAGAUCACAAAGUGAACACUGGGAGGAGGAGAUUGAGACAGGAGAAGAGGAGGAUGGGCCAUUUCUCAGAGAAGGAGAGAGAGAGGGCAAGAUGGAGAGCAAGAGAGACAGCGGACGAAAGCUGGAGGGCGAGUUGGAGAGCCACACAGCGCGAGUGACAGAGAACGAGUGGGGGAAGGAGAGAGUGCGGAAACAUACAGCAGAUACCAGGCCUUACAGCGCUCAGCAAUCCAGCCUCGGCACCCCAGACAACAGCCUGUCCUCGUGGGAACCCCAAGGGGACUCUAGAUCCCGACGGGCUCCUUUCUCCUUCCUCAUGUCCCCUGAGCCAGAAUACACAGAUUCUGAGUCUGAAGCCAGUGUUUCUGAUGAUAGUGUUUUUGCCUCCAGUUACUCUGGCCUCUCUGUGUAUUUGAACGAGGACUACAGUUCAGGGGCCUCAAGUGAUUUAUUGCCAGGCCCCUGGUUCAAGCCCAGCCCAAACACUCUCAGCAGAGUAGUGGAGAGGAACAGAUUGAUGGACAGUGGAAGUAGAGAAAGGAGAAGACAGAACUCUAUCUCCUGAUGUGCUGUUUUUGGUCAUUUAAUGCCAUGUCAUGUUAGGUGUCAAAGAAAGCCUUUUUUGGACUGGAUUAAUUUUACCCCUGAAGAGAACUGCAGUGGGAGUGCCACUAGAAUAUGAUAAUUUGUAAUAUAAUGAUAAUUUGUAAUAUAAUGUCUAUAGAACUUUGUAAUAUAAUGUCUAUAGAUCUCUAGAUUUUUGGAGGAAGGUUGACAUACUAAAACAAUUUAAACUGAACUAAAACUGUACUGUAAGUUGAAUUAAUUUCUAACUGGGCUCACCAGUGGCUCAGCAGACUAUGACCCAAGGAUUACAAGUUUGAUUCCCAAUCAUGCAACUUUGCCAUGAGUAGCCAGAGUUCAAAGGAGCAAUAUAAUAGUCUUUCUAGAAGGAUAGACAGUGAUCUCAGACAGUGAGUUGUUGGCUGACACAGACAUCUUUUAGCUUAUGUAUCAUAGCUGGGGACACGUCGCUUUUUUUCCAAGCUGCCUUGUGAUGCUGCACUGGCGGCAGUUUGAAAAGAGUCUAUGGCUGACUUCAUAUGUAUAUGUAGAAGGAGUGGGCAUGUCCUCACCCUCUCUCAGUCCUACUGAGAAAGUGGAUUAUUUGACUCUUGUGGAAAAAUUAACUUGAAAAUAUAAUAUACAUAAAUAUACAUACAAAAUAGUAUUUCUAUUGGCUAUGACCUUUCAGUUUGUAGUCAUAAAAAAAUGAAAAAGGUACUUUUUUCAUGGAUAAAUCAUUUCAUUAAAUCCCAUUCAAAUUACAUUUUACAACCUCCUCUAGUCUUUGUUCCUUCUAAGGUUUCUUCCUCUUAGUAUGAGAGAGUUCCUUUCCACUGUUGCUGCCACAACCUUGCCACUACUGGCAUCACUGUAGUGCUUUCUCAUAAGAGGCUCGUACCGGUUUCUCAGUAAAGCUGCUUUGUGACAACAUUUGAAUUGAAUUGCAUUGAAUUCUCUAGUAAAACUAAUCCAGCUCCAAUAGUGCUUUUUGUAUGCAUAAACAUGACAACAUUUGGUAUCUUAAAUCUGAGGUUAUUUUUCAUAUUCGGGCAAUACUUUAUCAUAAGCUAAAUACAGAGAAUAUGCAGUGUUCAUAUUAAAAAGGUGAGACAGAAAAUAAAAUAUUGUCUUAAUUCUCUACUCUCUCUCUCUCUUCUACUCUCUAUCUCUUCCUGUUUUUCUGUUUCUCUCAGUCACUACCUUUUCUUCUUCAGAGGAGAGUUUUUUAGUUUUCUGUUACUAUGUUUAAUGUUCCUAUUGUUUGCCUGUUUCUUGUUCUGUUGAGUUCAGGUGCAGUGUCGCCUGCUUAUUCAUCUCACCUCAGCUCUCUCUUACCUUUCUCACCUCUUUUUCAUUUUCUGAAAUCUCCUGAAGCUUGUUAAAAGAGAUACUAAAUGAUGAAGAAAUAUUUGUCAUAGAAUGUAGAGUGAGCUUAAAGCAAUAACAUGCCUGAACCCAAAACGUAUUUUUGAUACAUAUAUGAAAUAUAUCUGAAAUAUAUCUACGUUUGCCAAUUACAAAGAGUAUAACACUUAACCCACAAUAACUUAUUGUACCCUUGUUUCUUGGAGCUCUUCAUUCAGAUAUAAAAGCAUUUACUGGGUUUGGGGGCCCUGAGUUACAUUGUUGUAUACUGAAAAUGUAUAUGAAUAUAUAGAGUUGAAUAGAUUUACUGUAUAUACAAUCAUAUAUAUUUCGAAGGACUGUGAUAAGUGCUCUAUAAUAUUUAGUUUGAACCCGAGUCCAACAGGUUUUAAGGCCUCUAAGUGCCCCUAACAGUUGCCUUGCUCAGUGAAACCUUGUCCUAUUCGUUACCCUUAGUGGACCCUGUUUGGGAGAAGUUGUAUAUGAAGUGUACGAAUGACUGAAGAAUGACUGACCAGAUAAAUGAGGUUAGGCAGAAGUGAACUGAAGGGUUUAAUGAGCACAUGAGAUGGAGUCCCAAACACACAUAUACACACACACACACACACACGUUCAUAAGCAUUAUCUAGCUUGUCUAAACAUGCCUCCAUUACAAUAAAAUGGGUAAGCUGCUGGUGAAAUUGAACAAGUCCAUAGAGUGGCUGAAAUUCACAGAGAGCUCAGCCACCAUAUCUGUGAACUUCAAAUAUCUUGAACCAACACAUCUACUACAUUAACUAACCAGCAAAACAUUCUCCAUUUUACUGUUUUUAUUUAUUUGUAUUUAUAGUAUGCAGUGCUAACUGUUUUGACUACGCAAGACUUGCACAGUACUGUUAAUUGGGAGUACUGUACAGAACAUUGUUAUUGGAUGCAGAAAUAGUCAUUCUGAAGGCUUUACUAUAGGCGUUUUGUGGCCAAACUACUGCAGCCUAUGUUUUGCGUUAACAUUCUUAAACCUUCAGAAUGUCUCCAGUAUCCUCUAGACCAGUGAUGCAUAAAUACCAUUUUUUAACCAAUUUUUGCAUUUGCUGAUACCAAUGCCAACACCUACUUAAAAUUAGGCAAUCAGGAGCAUUGUGUAAGAGUGUAGUUGUCAGAGUAAAGUAGUAAAGUGCAAAAGUUAAUUUGUUCAUUUUAAGUUUUGUUAUAUAAACAUUUUUUUAAACAAGUAUAUUUUUAAGAACUAAGAUUAGUUUUACACUAUGUACGUAUGUUUUUUUUUAUGGAUCAAUGUUUAUUAUCCUAGCGUGAUUAUGUUAUGUCAGGACCACACCAGCCUAUUUGAUGGUACUUUCGGGAACAAAAGGAAGUAAAUAGGAGCGGGAAGGAGCUAAGAGGAGCAAGGCAGUGUUUUAAAGCAAGUUUCACCUGCUUGGACUUUUUUACCAGUGUUGUUUUACUACAUGUAGACACUUUGCACUGGAUGUAUGAACUCUUUGAUGUCAAGGUGGCUAGAUGGUGUGCUUCAUGAGUUCUGUCUUGCUAAGGGCGGUUUACUCUCUCUCUCACUCUCUCUUUUUCUCUGUUUCAUGCUCUCUCUCUCUCUUUCACGCCCUCUCCCGUGCUCACGAUCUGGGUAUCGGAUGUUCGUAGCAGUAACUUGUUUGCUAUUACAAGUAUGAGCAAAUGGGCUUGGUAUCAGGCCGAUAAACUGUACCAGUAUCGGUAUUCAUGCAUCUCUACUCUAGACAGCACGCAUCUUUAUGCAUUCUAAAGUUAAAGUGGUAAAUUGGCUCAGCUAAAUUGGGGAUCCUAUUCUGUAGUUAGAUCCGAAACACAUAAAAUCAUGUAAAUGCUGUAAUCUAUCGUGAACAAGGUUAUGCUCGAUAUUUGGUUAAACAAUGUUGUAAUUACAUUGCAGUGCAACUGUGUUGUAUAUUAAGAAAAUAAUACUGCAUUACUGGACAGAGUAAAGCAAAAAUGUAUGUCAGAGGGGUCCUGAGAGUUAGUUUGUGGGAUUUUAAUAGUACACUGGACAUUUUUCACUCUGUUGUUUGAACACUGCUACAAAACAGAGCUCUGUGUUGUUACCAGGGCAGAGUUUCAGACUCUAGCCAGUGACAAUAGCUUCACGAUUUUAAGAGACAUCAAUGUUCAUCUCCUUCCUUCCUGCUGAGUGUGACUUUCUGUGCUGGGUGUAAAUCGUAGACUUUAGGUUUUAGAAUUUAGUUUUUUGCCUCUUACAACCAAAGACAGCAGAAAAUCUUUGAAGCUGGAAACACAAGUGAGUGUGCAUGUGUGAGUGUCUGUGUUUGCAAUAUGUAGUGGCUUCAAGCUGUGAAAAGCGUCUUUAGGGAACCCUUCCAGAGAUGACCUUUAGUCUCUAUUGAUGAAGAGCUUGUUGGCCAGAAAUAAAACAAGUGAGAGUGUGCUCUGUGUUUGCGUCCUUACCUCAUUAGGUGUGAACGAUCAAGUAAGGGGACUGCAGAUCGAUAUCCUGAUCAACCUGCUGCUCAGCACUGAUCCAUUGCAGACAAUUAACUGUCCUAACCAGUACCUUGGGAGAAAUUAUAAAAUGGACAUAAAGAAAAUGCGUUAUAAAUGCGUUAAAUGCAGGCUUCUUGUCUCUAAGUUAAAUAAAAACUGAAGUUAUUUGUUAAAGGCCAUGUUAAAUUAAUAUUUGUAGCAAGUGUGGGCCCACAUAUGAGCCUUUGCAGUUGAAGGGGUUUAAAUAACUAAGAGGUUAUUAAAAUAAUUUUAUACUCAGUAAUAUUGUAGUGCCAGAUAUCAGAUGACAACUAUGUACUACUACAGGCCUGUAUGAUGUCACUAUUUUAAACCACUCAGAUAACAUAAAUACACUACAUAUUUUCCCAGCAGGUCUGGGGUAAGUUUCUGUGGGAGAUGUGUGUGCUAUAUGUACUAGUAUAGGGACAAAAUUUUUAAACCUAUUGUGAACAAAUGCCACAUUAGUCAAAAAUGUACAUUUUAGUUUCUUUUCUUCCUUUUGAAGUAUACUGUAUGUGCAGUGUGAAAUCAGAUCGUCACGUUUUUUUCUGUAGUCAUAUAUGGCCAUGUAUUUAUUGUAAAUAGAUAUAAAUAUGAAUGUUUAAACAACUGUACAGUUUAUUAUUGACAUGAAAACACUAUAUUGUUUUUUCUGUUUCUGAUUAUGUUGUUACGUUCAACUGUAACCCAAAUGCAGGUACCAGAUUAUAUUAUAUUAACUAAUAAAGAGUUCAUGUAACUACUGAAACUUU